UGUCAUCGAAACAUCAGAUUUAUUUUGUAAUAAAAAGUUUAAUUGUAGAAGAAGCAGUUUUUAAAGGAAGGUUUUAGUGAAUACCUGCAAUAUGAAUUAAAAGAGUGGCUAUCUGAUGGGCAGGUGUUUAUAGCUGUGUGCUUGGUCUCUUGCGGGUUGCUUUGCGUCAGCAGUGGGCCCCUGUGAAAGCUGCUUCUCUCCCGAUAUGAGUGUUUUUGCAGAAUCGCCUGGGAAUGUCCAGCCCGCAGGCCAAUAUCUAGCGUCUGCCCUGCAAGAUGGGCUUUUGGGACUGUCAGCUGUGGCUAUGAGGGGAAGACAGCCUGCGGUUUCCAUGGUAAUGACCAAUUACGUGUGUCUCAUUUGACAUGGUGACCCAAAUAAGCAGAGGCAUCACAGAGAGCAGAGUGUCCAUGGGGCGGUAGCAUGUGUCAGAGUGAUACGUGGGUUGAUGGCCUGUGUCAUCCGAUCGUAUUACUGAGUGACAGGCAGAUGGACCAAUCAGGUGACUAGAUGAUUGACCCUCCUGGGGUGUGCGCAGCAGCUUAUGAUGAAGGACUCCAUUUCGCUGUGAAUCUGAGUGUUGUGAUUGGACGACCAUUCAUUCUGGGCAUUCAGUGGUAGAUGAGUCUUCUCUCCGUUUCUUCCAAGUGUCCUGUGACUUUUCUUUCAUCUCCCUGUGAUGUGUUGGAGUACCACUUGGAACAAGCUGGUUUCAGCCUUCAGUGGAUCCGAGCCAGUAAGGUUCUGUGUGCUGCUGAUCGUGACCUGACCACUGCGCUUCUCUGUCUUUCGGCGGCUGGGCUUCACAACAUGAGGGUCGCACGUAUAACAGUGGCAAGCACCGCCAUCAUCUUCAGCCGUGGCUGGGAGCUGCAGGGGCUCUGUUUCCAACGCUGACCUGGAGAUAAUGGCGGUUGCUGCCCUGACUUCUCUGUGCACCAGCCCCUUAGUGCUCAAUGAUCCCACAGGAGCGUCAGGCAGUACCAGCGUAGUUCCAGAGGCAGCCAGCAGGUGGUGGAAGGCAGGCCUCUCCCCAAGCUACAGUAGUUCCACCAGUGACAACUGCAGCUGGGACACCAGUGACCAGUCAGGGCCCUCCACGCCAUCUCCACCUUUGCCUGCAGACGCUGGGCGACAUGGGGCACCGUAUUCCCAGGAUCUCACGGACGAGCCGGAGCCCGUCCACUUCCUGUUUGAUGACCCUUGCCCGAGGAAGCGAAAGAGCUCAGUCAAGGUGAUGUUCCAGUGCCUGUGGAAGAACUGUGCCAAAGUCCUGAGCACCACCUCAGGGAUCCAGAAGCAUGUGCGCACUGUCCACCUUGGUUUGAAUGGGGACUCGGAACACAGUGAGGGAGAGGAGGACUUUUAUUACUCCGAGAUCGAGGUCAACAUGGACUCUCUGUCGGAGGGCCUGUCCAGCCUAUUGCCGGCCUCCCCCAGCACAGCCCCGCCCCUGCUCACCUUCCCUCCCUCCCAGACUCCGGCACGUGCCGCUCCCAUCGCCAUCACCGUACAGCCAGCCCUCAAAUUCUUCUCCAGCCCUCUUAGUCAGUCAGCUCCUUCGGUGCUCUGCCACAUCCACACUGACCAUGCCUAUCAGGCCACACCUCCAUCACAGGAUUCCAGGGCAGAGUUCAGUGCGAAGGGGGUGAGCUCAUCCUGGCAGUCACACCCUAAGCCUUUGAAGGGAUCUCUGGGCACUUUUGUGCACAUCUGCACUGGAGAGAUGACACAGCCAGUCCCCCAGGUCACUGUCACUCGGACACACCCCAUGUCUGCCCCUGCGGCCAAGGCCUCCGCAGGACCCAGGAAGCUGCGAGGCGAUGCUAGGAAGUGUAGGAAGGUGUAUGGCAUGGACAAGAAGGACAUGUGGUGCACAGCCUGCCGUUGGAAGAAAGCCUGCCAACGCUUCACAGACUAAACCAGGAGCUCCUGUCUGCAGGAGAGAAGGACUGCAGGCCUUCACAGACUGAACCAGAGCUCCUAUCUGCAAGAGAGAAGGACUGCAGACCUUCACAGAUUGAACCAGAGCUACUGUCUGGAAGAGAGAAGGACUGCAGGCCUUCACAGAUUGAACCAGGAGCUCCUGUCUGCAGGAGAGAAGGACUGUAGGCCUUCACAGAUUGAACCAGGAGCUCCUGUCUGCAGGAGAGAAGGAUUUCAGACCUUCACAGAUUGUACCAAGAUCUACUGUGCAUAGGACUGCCAGCCUUCUGCUGGUUCCUGAAUCCCUGUUAGUUGCACACUGACAUACUGUUGAGUUAGAGCUGGGGUCCCAUUGGCUGAACACUGGCAUUCUAAUGCACAGGUCCUAAUGUCUCAUUGGCCAGGAUCUGACAUUCAGGUGACUGGGCGUAAUUGUCUCAUCCUACUAGCUUUGUGUAAGUUUCUCAGUGAUGAAAUCACACAGUGCCUGGUGUACAGAAAAGCUGUAAAAAUGUAAAACAAAUAAUUUUUUUAUGAAGUUUUAAAGCAUUUGCACACAGAAAAUGCACACAAUGCAAAUGCAUUUUAUCUAAUCUUUUGCCUGUCUUCAUUGUUCAUUAAUGGGCAUUAUAGUUUUUGUUUAAUAAGCCUUCUCAGUAAUCUCAUUUUCUAGGUUCUUUUCUAGUCCAAAUGGCUUGCUGAAAGAUUUUGUUAAAGCACAUUAUAACAUGUUAGCUCAAGGUUUUUUAACUUGCUUACUUUGUUGAUCCUGCAGUAAUGAUCUACUUUUUGCAUAUUUUGAAGGAAUGCAGUGCUAUACAAUACAAUUUUUUGUAAUUGUGAUCUGAAGGCAUAAAAUGAAAAACGGAAAGGAGUAUGAUGGUUAAUGUGUUUAAUGACGGCAGCCCCGCAGCAGCCCACGUGGACCCAUGGAGGGGUCCCCUGUGUCGGGGGUCUCAGAGGCAGUGUUCAUAUACUCCGCUUCAGCUCCUCUGUGCAGACCUGACCCAGGUCCUCACUUUGUAGUGAUGGGAAGCAGAACGUGAUGAAGUGUUCAGCUGAAGUUUGCAUAUAGCACUGUAAACAAUGGUCGUGCUGUACUUGGAAAUGAACCUUUUCAUCAUUUCUUUGAGCUUUAAAAACAAAUUCAAUAUCAGGUCUAAUGCAUUUGCAUUUCAUGUUUGUAAGGACAAGAAAAGGUGUCUAUUUUCAUAUAUUUUGUAUACAAGUUAACUUCAAAUUCAAGUAUGUUAAGGAAAUCGGUGGGGAGGUUAAUAGCAAAAAUUAUUUAUAAUAAUAGUGAUGAUGAUGAUGAUGAUGAUGAUAAUAAUAAAUGUUAUUAUUAUUAUUCAUAAUAAUUAAUAAUAAAGCUUUAUUUGCAAAAGUC